AAAUACCGAUGGUGUAUGUGGUUCGGUGCGUUAAAUUUCACUGAAAACAUUUUUCCGUUUCGAAUAUUUUCUUACAAGAAGUAAUUUUUAUACAAAUUUACAUCGGCAAGAUCGAGUAACAGUAAUCUUGAUAGACUGUCUUUUCGGGAUUCGUGUCGAAAUUGUUUGUUUUGGGCGUAUUGACAUCUGUCAAAUCCAGGAGGGCGUAUACAUUCCUAAGGAUUUUUUGCCGAUUUAGUUUCACAUAUUCGUAACUACAUAUUUACCGGGACUCACUUAUACAAUACACGGAUGCCGGACAGUGCCUUUUUAGGUUGAUUUUUCGCGGAACGGGACAAUAUCCAAGAAAACUGUUUCCUAUUUUGUCCCAGACAAACAGCACCGCGGGUGGCAACAUUAGCGGAGGCGGCGCGAGACACCAUCACCAGCAACACAACCAUCAACCUUCGCACCACCAACCCCCCCAACAGUCCCAGGGUCAGUUGGCUGUCGCCGGGGCGCAACACCAGUUCAGCGUCGGAGGAGGAGCGCCGGUAAAAGGGUGCGCCGUUGGUGCACCCAUGGCUACCCAGCAUCAGACGCCGGGCUACCGCAGCCAGUGGGGCAACUUAGGCGCGGGCCACCAGCACACCGCCGUCGGUGCCACCUACUUUCAGCGAUUCACACCCGCCGCCCAGGCGCAGCCUCAAGCGCAAUCGCCCGCCCAGCAACAGCAGCAACAGACCUAUAGCAACGCGACCAGCCAAUACAAUAACACCAACUCUUACGGCAACCAGCGAGUGCCUACGGCAACAUCGCCUUCGAACGCGAGUAGUUCGAGUAGCCACACUGGUGGCAGCCAGGGGGGCGGGGGACCGGCCAACAACGGCUCUGGUGGAAGCAUGCAGAACAACGCAAGCAACUCAACGCAAUCGAACGGGUCAUCUCAGAGCGGAGGCGGAGGCGGUGGUGGCGGCGGCGGCGGCGGCUCCGAACAACUGAGCAAAACGAACCUGUACAUUAGGGGCCUGAACCCGGGCACGACCGACAAGGAUCUUGUCAAUAUGUGCCAACAAUACGGUACAAUCAUUUCAACCAAAGCAAUUUUAGAUAAAAAUACUAACAAAUGUAAAGGUUAUGGAUUUGUAGAUUUUGAGAGUCCCGUCGCCGCGGAGGGGGCAGUCAAAGCGUUGACCGCCCGAAACAUUCAGGCGCAAAUGGCGAAAGUGGGUAUCUGGUAUCAACAACGUAGACAAGCCACUCAACAGGAACAAGAUCCGACAAACUUGUACAUAGCAAAUCUGCCCCCGACAUACAAAGAAGCAGAUCUCGACAGUUUGCUUUCCAAGUACGGCCAGGUGAUUUCUACAAGGAUUCUUCGCGAUUCGGCAGGGAUAUCGAAGGGGGUGGGAUUUGCCCGCAUGGAAAGCAAAGAAAAGUGCGAGCAAAUCAUCCAGAUGUUCAACGGGCACCCGUUGCCGAACUGCAAGGACCCCCUGUUGGUGAAAUUCGCCGACGGGGGCAACAAAAAGAAGAACCUCUAUAAGAGCAACGAUAACGCCAAGAUGUGGCGCGAGACGGCCGAGGGCAUGAGCGCGGUCGCUUACGCCACCCCCGAGGCGCUUGCGCAGAACGGAGUGGCUAGUCAGCACAUGAUCCCCACUUUCGGCUACAGGCAACUGAACCAGUAUCCAAGCGCGUACGGCGCCCCCUGGGGGAUGCCGCAAUACGCGGUAAUGCCGGCGGCUAUUCCGCCGGUAGACGAAGCUUACAGUUUGACCGGGCACAUGCAGGGCCGUGACGGGCAGACGCCCCGCGCGAUACCGAUGAUGGUCCCGACAAACGAAACGUCAAUGCAGUACACGAACAUGAUACCACAACUGGCCGCCCACAUGGGCGCGAUGCAAUUGUCCGCGCCGGGAUCUUACAUUUCACCACAGAAUUACUAUACCCAAUUUACGCCGAUACUGCAUGCGAUGCCCGUGGAUUCGGAACACACGAGCAACGCCGCCAGUCCGGAGGACCCGUAUCAGACUUACCAGGCAGCGCCUCAGAAAUAGAUAGUUUAGUUUUUCCAUUAGUGAAAUCGUCCGGAAGAGAGAGACUGGCGUGCUGUUUGCGCUGUCUAUUUGAGCUCCCGAGUCGCUCCGGCGGGAUUUUUUUUCUGCGUGCCAUCUUUCGCGAAAGUAGAUCAGUUAGAGUUUAGUCGGUACGACGACGUAGUUGCGUUUUGCCCGCGAAAUUCUGCGGUUAUGAGUUCCAAACAAAACCCAUCAUUGUUGCUCAAAUAUUAAAGCUAAAUCCAGCUGGGAUCGGGUAGACGAGAGUCGACUCAGUAGUUCAAGUAGUUAGGACGUAAGUAAGGGACAGGAAGGUUAGGAACGGGCGCGCGAGAAUCGUACCCAAAUCGGUCGGUGUUGUUGAAUUUUUUUCUUUCGGGUGGUGUAUUAUAAAAUUGUUGACGAAGAUGGAUGAUCGUUGACGCGGAAAGUGAGUUUGCAUCGAUCUAUGCGUCUCCUUUUGUGUAUAUUAAAGCUGACUGUGUGCUUGGCGAAGGUAAAAAAUUAACUUUAGGUGGUUCACCCGCUAAAAAAAUGAAUGUGUACAUAUUAAACGCGUGAAGCUCGCGCACUGUCAGGUAUUUAUAUCAGGUCUCGUUUGACUUUUUCGUCGGUUUGGGACGUUGGGCGUCCCUUUUCAUUUCCCCAAGAUGUCGGGGUCGCGUCCACUGGGACCGGCGCCGGUUUUGUUAUGUAGAUGUUUGAUUUUGACUCUUUUUUUUUUAAAUAAUGUUACAAAAAGAAAAAAACGGACUGAAUAUGUAAAGUAGAUAUUUUUGAUACAGUAUGUUCCUAGUUUCAAAAACAUUGUAUUGAAAAUAUGUCUUAUAUUUGAAAACUCGUAUCUGUGUAAGGAAGGCGUGUUCGUUUAUUUGUUUUCAGGGUGCCGAGAUAAAUUUAUAUGAUUUGCUUAGUCGGCGACGGUGUACAUACGUACGUAAUGCAGUCGAGAGUUUCUUACACAGAUAACUUAAUAUACCAACACAAUUUAAAUGGAAGUAAAAGAUUUAGAAUAGAAAUUUUAGAUUUAAAAAGCAGUCACGAAAAGCGGCCACCGAGAUGGUGCCACAUUUUUCUAAAAGGUAUGCGCCUAAUUUGCCAAAAUUCGUCGGGCUAGGAGGAGUUGGGUUGAUCUUUUCUAUAUUGACGGUUUUUCCUUGUGCCAAAUUUUAUGCCGCCGUGUUAGUUUGUUCUUAAGCCUGAUUUAUUCUUGUAAAGUUUUUCAAGUUUGAAUGUCAAACACCUUACUUACUCAAGAAUUAAGGUGUUUUACAAGAAUUUAGUAUUACCAACUGUUGCUGACAUUAUGAUAUACGCUAUGACAAAAUAAUUUUAAUUUGAGCUGACGUAGUAUUACCGAAUAUUUACUUUACAAAACAUAACACAACAUAUAACGUCAAACUUCUCGUCGUUUAGCAGCGGCAGCAACGUCAAGAGGACAAUAAAUGCAAAGCUGAUAAUAUCACAUAAUACCAUUUUCACAAGUGUAAAACAGGUUUUAGACUAUUGCGUAUUUCAAAUGUCAAACAAAUUGAUAUUUCACUGUCAAAACAAUUUUUUUUUCAAAUAUCCUUUUUUUAUAAGAACAAUUUUAAAACGUUUGCCAAAAGUUGGCUCUCUAUAAAAUAGGAUGUCUUAUGCUGACCCUUUGACUAACAUUAACGUAACAACGUAAAGACACAAAUAUCUCCCAGCAACAAUGAUUUUCCAUGGGAUAAUAUCAUUUGUUACUGGAUGAGACCAAUAUGUGACAUAAGAUGACAGGUCUUGGGCAUUUGUCGUUUUUUUUUUUUGGUAAAUUAGGAGUAUUGAGCUUUUGGCGCAAGACAGAUAAAUGUAAAGUCGAUCUUCCCAAGCUGCAAACUGCAUGCGGCAUAGGUUAGGUAAAUUUAGUAUUUUAUUUUUGAUGAAGAUCUACAUAGGUAGUUGUGUACACUUAUACUGCAGGUACCGCGAAACUGCUCACAUGUAAUUAAAUCAAACAAAUUCUUCCUAAACACUUAACAUCCAAACAAUACGAUAAAACUUCCAAAAAAUCGUCUCUAAUGCUGAAUAUUUUUGGAAUCGUUUUCCUUUUCGUAUUUUUUUUCUUUCUGUUUUUCAAGCACCAACUCGAUUUCGGUGAUAAAAUCUUAAACCAAUCGAAGAGCGGGAGUACGAGAUGGGGUGAACGUCAAUCUCUAGUUUGUUCAUCUUUUUAGUUGGAAAAAGGUCGACUCAUUAUUACUUAAUACUGUUAACGUUUUCCGCACUUGGCCCUUUUCGCAGUUCCACUUUUCAAUUGCACUCGUGUGUCUAAAUUGAUCUCAGUUCCUAACGACAACUUUAUUUAAGAAUUGGAAAGCUAUAAGCUAUGAGUUUAUCGACGUCUAUGAAAAAAAAAUUGACUAUCGAGUGGAGUCGUUCCGAUUUUUCGGUAGUUUACAAAAAUCCAAGAGCACGGACGGGCAUUAGUUUUCUGUUGAGUUGGAUUUUGGGAUUUUUUUCUCUUUUUUCGCCGCACGUUUUUCUUAAUUGCAAAUAUAUUCACAUUUUUUUCUGCGCAGUCGCGACGCGGCGGACGAAUUUUUCCUUGUAUUAUAAUUUAUUUCUCAGUUUAUUGUAUAUUCGACAUUCCAGUGUCUUAUUAUUUAUUUGAAUAUUUAUUUUACGCAAUAUUAAUUUUUUGUUUUAACGAAAAUCUCUGUUUGUACAGUUUUUAUAUAUUAUAGUGCAAUUUGUUUA